GCGGUAUUGAAUUACGUGUCGAGUAAUACGGGUCUCAAUAUAACGAAUCUGACGGCCGCUGAAGAGGUAUUCGACACAUUGCUGAUCGAGAAGGAGAACAAAUACGAGUUACCACUUUGGGUCGAUGAACACACUUAUCACACUUUAAGCCAAAUCUCUGACAUGACUUUUUAUUUUGAUUUCUCCACUAAAUUAAUUCAACGUUUGAGAACUGGAUUGCUUCUGAAGGAUAUAAUUAAAAAUAUGAACGAAACAAUCAAUAGAAACGAUACGACAAGUGAAACACCUAACAAACUAUACAUAUAUUCGACACACGACACACAAAUCGCACUCCUUUUAAAUGCUCUCAAUGUGUUCGACAAAAAGUCUCCACCAUUUGGGUCAACAAUAAUGAUAGAAUUGCGUCAAACAAACAAUAAAUACACGAUUGAAAUGUUUUACUUAAACGACACCCAAUCGGAGAAACCAAUGACUUUGGUUUUGCCCAACUGUACGAACGCUCGAAAUGAAUGCCUUUUUCAACAAUUUGUUGAAUCAGUCAAUGAUCUCAUUCCCGGCGACUGGAACUCCGAAUGUCAAAACACGGGACUCUCAUUCGCCUCAAAAACAGUUAUGCCGUAUAUGUUUGGAUCGCUUCUAACAUUGGCUGUUAUGGCAUUGAUUUACAUAAUCUAUACAUUCCUGAAGCCCAAGAAUAGAGAAAUUGUGUAUCAAAUGCUUCCGAUCCGGUAGUCAUUGGUUUAGAUGACGGCCACUAAUACUCGC